UGUUGUUCCUAUGUUUUAACAUGACUGUCGUGAAGUUUUGAUUCUGUAGUGAUCGCAAUCGUAGUCUCAGAGAUUGUUUAAGUGAGCGGAGUCACAUUCUGAAUUAUUCAUUCAUUGAACCUUUUGUUUUGGUGGUAACACACCUACUAAAUUCCAAGUUAAGUAAAGUUUUUAUAUUCUGCUUAAAAAUGGGGAAGAAGCAACAUCAAAAAGAUAAAAUGUACUUGACAGCCUCAGAGUAUACUCAAUAUUAUGGCGGUAAAAGGACUGUUGGUAAUUCUUCAGCUUCUGAGUUUCGUCGACUUCCUUUUGAUCACUGUUCAUUAUCAUUACAACCAUUUGAACAUCCGUUUUGUACUCCAGAAGGAGUAAUUUAUGAUUUAAUGCAUAUUGUACCCUUCCUUAAAAAGUAUGGUGUUGAUCCUGCUACUGGAAAGUCUCUGGAUCAAAAAAGUCUAUUAAAAUUGAAUUUUACCAAAAAUGCUGAUGGAAAAUAUCACUGCCCAGUUCUCUUUAAAGUUUUCAAUGAAAAUUCUCACAUUAUAGCCAUUAAAACUACUGGAAAUGUUUUUUCUUAUGAGGCUGUUGAGCAACUUAACCUUAGAACUAAGAAUUUUAAAGACCUUCUUACAGAUGAACCAUUUACAAAGAAUGAUAUUAUAACAAUUCAGGAUCCUUCUAAUCUGGAAAAAUUUAAUUUCAAUAAUUUUCAUCAUGUAAAGAAUAAGUUAUCUGUAACAGAAGAUUCUGAAGCUGAUCAGAAUGGUGAAAAUUAUCGUAAUUUGAAAAGUGUCAAUUCAGUGACUAGAGAUGUUCUUGAAGAAAUUAAAAGAGAAGCUGCCAAUAAAAAAGUGGAAAAGAAGUCUGAUGAAAAAGAAAAAGCUGACAAAUUCAAUGCUGCUCAUUAUUCUACUGGUGCUGUUGCUGCAAGCAGUACUUCGACUGCUGUGGAUCCAUCUACCUUUCAUGAAGCAGCUAUAUUGGAUGAUGAUAUUGUAAGAUAUUCUAAAGUAAAAAAGAAAGGAUAUCUGCAGAUAGUCACAAAUUUAGGACCAUUGAAUAUAGAACUGCAUUGUGACAUGACUUCUAAAACUUGUGAAAAUUUUAUAAAGUUAAGUAAAAGUGGAUAUUAUGAUAAUACAAUUUUUCACAGAUCAAUAAAGAAUUUCAUGAUCCAGGGAGGUGACCCCACUGGAACAGGCUCUGGUGGAGAGUCUGCAUGGAAAAAACCAUUUAAAGAUGAAUUCAAACCAAAUCUGAGUCAUCAGGGAAGAGGUAUACUCAGUAUGGCAAAUUCAGGACCAAACACAAAUAAAUCUCAGUUCUUUAUUACCUACAGAUCAUGUCAACAUUUGGAUAAGAAGCAUUCUAUUUUUGGACGAGUGGUUGGAGGUUUAGAUACUCUUAGCAAAAUGGAGAAGAUAGAAACAGAUAAAGAUGAUAAGCCUUUGGAAACCAUAAAGAUAAUCAAAAUCAUGAUUUUUGUGGACCCUUUUCAAGAAGUUGAUGAGGAACUUGCAAAACUGAGAGCAGAGGAAAAGUCAGCUGCAGAAAAAGCAUUGAUGGUAAAUGAAGAACCCAAGACUAAAAUAUUAAAAACUUACCACCUAGGUGUUGGGAAAUACAUAAAUUCUGCAUCUAUAAUAAAUUCUGAAAUUGAUAAUACUACAGAAAAGAAAAAGAAGAAAACAAUAACAGGCCAAUUUGGAGAUUUCAGUUGUUGGUAAAUGAAAAUCAUUGCAUUGUAAAUAAUGUAAAUAAAAUCUUAUAUUUGAAACCUAAGCUGUAAUUCAAUGUAU